AUGGAGGACCCUGCACACGAGCUCGAGGCCGUCGUCCUGACACUCACCACCGCAGUCAACGCCGAGAUCCAGAAGGCCGCCAUCCUCCGCUACUUCGCCCCCGACGCCUCCUUCCGCCACCCUUGCUGCACAGUCCCCCCCUCAUCGACCCCAUCGUCCCACCCAACCUCACCCACGUACCCGCCCUUCUCCCGUCUCCUCGCCCCCUUCUCCACCCCCGCCGCAGCCGACUCGCGCGAGACAAUCCUCAGCAUCUACCAGUGGUAUCGCGUCCUCUCCCCCCGUCUCAUCGUCCACGUUAAAAACGUCUGCUGGGAUCCUGCGCGCGAGGAGGCCUGGGUCGAGGUCGUGCAAGCGUUCCACAUAUGGACCAGCCCCCUGCCUGCCGCCGAGGCUCGUCUCUUCACGCAUCUCCAGCUUCGCCGCAUGCCCUCCCCACCUCCCGCCCAAGAAGGCGACUCGGACGCACUCUCGUCCGACCCGCGUCCGCUUUUCGUGAUCGCCUCGCAGGAGGAUUUCUACCACCCCGAGGACCUCAUGGCACUCCUAGUCCCCCCGCUCGUCCCGCUCGUACACAUCCUCCUCCUCCUCGGCACAUGGGCCAGCCUUCUCGGCGCGUGGUUCUUUGGUAGCGUCCUCGGCUGGUGGGCCGUUAAGUCGGGCGAAGGGGGCCGUGGGGUUACAUUGGACCCAGCGGGAGAGGCACUCCCGCCCCAAAAUGUCGACGAGUUGAAUACACUGGCAAACGGCGAUAAGGCAUAUCAAGACUCGCGUGCAAGUGAAGAGGAGGAAGAGAGGGUAGAUCGCAAGAAAAGGGACUAG